AUGAAUGGUGAUACAUUCUAUGAAUGGUUUGUACGUAUUCUGCCAUUAUUAAAAGAAAAUGCCAUAAUUGUGAUGGACAAUGCCUUAUAUCACUCGGUGAAGAAAUGUAAAAUACCAAAUAUGUCUUGGAAAAAACAAGAAAUCGUAGAUUGGCUCGAGAGUAAAGGUGAGAUUGUUAUCCAUCCGAUGUGUAAAAAUGAUUUAAUGAAAGAAGUGAGAAAAUUAAAAGAUGCAUACGACAAAUACGUGAUUGACGAAUACGCGAAAGACAAUAAAAAACUCGUAUUGCAAUUACCGCCAUACCAUUGCGAGCUAAAUCCGAUAGAGCUCGCGUGGUCAUCAGUAAAAAGUUAUGUUCGGACACACAACAACACAUUUAAAAUAAAGGACGUACUUGAGCUACUAAAAAAAGGGGUGGAACAUGUAACACCAGAAAUGUGGACUAAUUUUGUCGGACAUGUCAUAAAGGAGGAAGACAAGUUUUUGAACCUUGAUCAUUUAAGCGAUGAAGUAAUGGACGGACAACCCGACGAAGAAGAACGUCAUAUCCUUACCAUAGGAAGGGGUGAUACAAGUUCUUCGGAUUUAGACUCAGAUUGA